CGACGAAAUGGCCCCCAGCAAUGUCGCGAUGACGGUGGUGGCCGCGGCGGUGGCGCUGCUGCUGCUGGCGCCGGCGCGCGCGACGAAGGCGCCCGAGACGGCGGACACACUGCCUGCUGGAGGGCCGCCGUCGGUGCCCGCGGGCCCGCUGGACAUCGUGCAGCUGGGCGCCAAGGGCGACGGCAAGACGGACAGCACGCAGGCGAUCCUCAAGGCGUGGAAGAACGCGUGCGACGCGACGGGGACGCAGAAGAUCGUGAUCCCGCCGGGCAACUACCUGACCGGCGCCAUGGAGCUCAAGGGCCCCUGCAAGUCCUCCAUCAUCAUCCGCCUCGACGGCAACCUGCUCGGCACCGGCGACCUCAGCGCGUACAAGAAGAACUGGAUCGAGGUCCAGAACGUCGAGAACUUCGCCAUCAAUGGCCACGGCACCCUGGACGGGCAGGGCCCCCUCGUGUGGAAGCAGAACGAGUGCCAGAAAUCCUAUAACUGCAAGAUCCUCCCCAACAGCCUGGUGCUAGACUUCGUGAAGAACGCGCAGAUCCGCGGCAUCACGCUGCUCAACAGCAAGUUCUUCCACAUGAACAUCUUCGCGAGCGAGAACGUGCUGGUGGACAAGGUGACGAUCACGGCGCCCGGCAACAGCCCCAACACGGACGGCAUCCACGUCGGCGACUCCACCAACGUGACCAUCAGCGGCGCCACCAUCGGCACCGGCGACGACUGCGUCUCCAUCGGGCCCGGCAGCAAGACCAUCCGCAUCCACGGCGUGCGGUGCGGGCCCGGCCAUGGCAUCAGCGUCGGCAGCCUGGGCCGGUACAAGGACGAGAAGGACGUGGAGGACGUGAAGGUCACCGACUGCACGCUCGUCGGCACCAGCAACGGCCUGCGCAUCAAGUCCUACGAGGACUCCAAGUCGUCGCCCAAGGCCACCAAGUUCCUCUACGAGGGCGUCACCAUGGACAACGUCUCCUUCCCCAUCAUCAUCGACCAGAAGUACUGCCCCAACAACAUCUGCGUCAGGUCCGGCGCCUCCAAGGUGGCCGUCUCCGACGUCAUCUUCAGGAACAUCCACGGCACCUCCAACACGCCGGAGGCCAUCACGCUCAACUGCGCCAACAACCUGCCGUGCCAGGGCGUGCAGCUCGUCAACGUCGACAUCAAGUACAACAAGUCCAACAACAAGACCAUGGCCGUCUGCAAGAACGCCGCCGGCAAGUCCAUCGGCCUCGCCAAGGAGCUCGCCUGCCUCUGAACCAUCUCAAUUGAUUGAAUCCGUCCGUCCGUCCGUUCCUCCACGCAAGCACCCGUUCAUCCGUGCCGUCCAUAUUACACAAAACUAAUCAGUCCGAGGUUUGAUUGAUUGAUCUUCUCUUUAUUUUCCCCCUCUUCAUUUUUCUUUAAAUUUUGGGCUAAGAUGAGAGAAACCAAUCAAAAAGAGAAAAAAAAAACCAAUCA